AUGCCUCCCUCAGCGCAAACGACUAGAUUAGUAUCCACCCUCCGUCUCCUCAUCCCCCGCCUCCGCCUUGUUCAAAAGAAAGACACGGCCUCAUCAGUCGUCCAACGUCGCGAACUCUCCCAACUCCUCAGCGAAGGCCGUGAAGCCUCCGCGCGCAUCCGCGUCGAGAAUGUCAUCGCAACAGACGUCGCCGUGGAGGUAAUGGAGAUGGUCGAGCUAUACUGCGAGCUCCUGCUGGCACGCGCGAACGUCCUCGACCAGCUAGCCUUCGGCGACCAAGGCAACCGCUCCCGCAUCCGCGCGAAAGAGCUGCUCAAGCAGCGCACUCAGGCUCAGACCGGUACCGCGCCGGCGGCUAAGAGCGAGAGCUCUGGCUCGCGCUUUGGAUUUGGAUGGUUGGGCGGUGGUGCUCAGAAGAAGGAGGCUGAGCGGUCGGGCACGCCGAUCACGGCGGCAGGGGCUGCAGAAGACUCUGGUGAUGCUUCUGCCACGGAUGAGGAGAUUCCUUAUAUGGACACUGCACUUGAUGAGGCCGCUGUUGUCAUCUUUUAUGCUUGGCAUCGGUUCCCUCAUGAGUUGCGUGAGCUUACUAUGCUUCGCACCAUGUUGGGUGAGCGUUACGGAAAAGAAUUCAUGACUCUGGCGCAGGAUAACAAGAUUGAUACCGUCAAGGUACCUGAUCGCCUACUUAAGGGAUUGCGUGUUCGUCCGCCUGGUCAGGAGCUUGUUGAGCUUUAUUUGAGAGAGAUUGCAAAGGCAUAUGGGGUUGAAUGGGGUGGUAAUGAGCUUGGGGACGCGCCGGAGUUUGUGGACGAUGUUAGGGGAGACGACGGCGAUGAAAUCGAAAUCCCGCAAACUUCCAGCAAGCAGGAUGACUCAAGGCCAAAUUCUGAAACGAGACGAGCUUCUGAUGCUAGUGAAUUGACCAAAGCUACACCCCCGCGUGGGCUUGCUGCAGGUCGGAGUCCUGUUAGUGUUGCGCCGCCGGCUCCCAGAACGGACAACCCCAAUCCUCGAGUCAAAGUACCCGGGACAGAAGGGAAAGAUUCAGGCGUCUCGAAAGAAGGCAAUGGGGCUGCCUCCAAGAGCAAGAGUAACAACGGGAUACCAGAGCUCGAUGAAUUGACUCGGAGAUUUGCUGAUUUGAAACGACGGCCUUGA